AUGGAUCGCAUUAAGGAGGUCAGUUCAGGUCCUUCCCCCGCGCCUUUCGAGCUCUCCCCGUUGAAUCUUGAUGCUUGGCCACGCCGUUUGGUCCUGUACAUUGUCCUGGACUUUGACCGCCUUGUUUCGUCGCCUGUUUUGUGUCGCCCAAAGCUGCAAUGCGUUCUGUAUCGCGGCAGGGUAGCUCGUCACCCGUUCGGAAGCCAUCCUGGCGAGGCCGACCGGUCUGCGUGGCGUGUGCACUUUUCAGCGCACAAAAUAUGGACAACGCGCUAA